AUGAACCCUAUGAAACGGAAAUCGGACUGUCCCUGGACUAGCACACGGAAACGGAAGAAACAGAGAAAGACAACGGAAAGUAUUUCUGAGCAUAAGAAAACUACACUGGCACAGUCAGACAAGGGAUCAUGGUUUGAUCAAGUAAAAUGGCUAGAUGAGGAAGAGUUGAACGCAAGCGUUUCCGCUCGGAAACUUUGCUCUGAAAUCGACUCAGACGACCGUACAGAGAAAAGAAACAACAUUGUAGUUGAUAUAAAUUUGUUGAAUGGAGCAAUCGAGAGGUCACUUGUGUGCAAAUUUUGCCAGUGCCCGGUGUUUUGCGAGGAACUCGAAGAGCGCAGCGGCCAAGGUGUGAGAUUUGGCUUCGUUUGCACGAAUGCGAACUGUAGUCUCAUUCAGAUGCCUUUUAACUCCUCAAGUAAAUCGGGAAAGCUUUUCGAUAUCAACAGAGUGUCUACCCUUGCUUUUCCAGCGAUUGGAAGGGGACAACUGGCAGCUGCAAAAACGUUGAGUAUUUUAGGUCUACCAAAGCCCUUGAGCAAGCCGGUUUGGUGCGAAAACACCAGAAUAAUAGCCGAUGCAUGCAGUGAACUUGUUCGCGAAGAACUCGAACAUUCAGCCAGGGAACUGAAGGAGCUAGUGGAGACUGAUAGCGAAGGAUACUGUACCACAGCUGUUUCUUUCGAUGGAUCGUGGUGCAGCCGCGGAUGGUGUGCGAGAGACGGAGUUGUUGCCGGGAUCUCACUCAAAACAGGAAAAGUUCUGGAUGUCAUUCAUCUUAGCAGUUCCUGUUCUACUUGCGAUCGACUGGAAAAGCUCCACUCAGAGGGACAGCUCUCGCGGAUGGAAUUCCUUGAGAAACAAGUUGAGCACGGGGAAGUUUGCUACCUAAAUCACGACGGUAGCGCCCAGGUAAGGUUUUCUAAAAUAAUAAUAAUAAUAAUAAUUUUAUUCCACUUGACCACUACUUUGAACCAAUUGACCAGUACUUUGAACUACAAGUAGUAUUUCCUGUUUUCAAAAAGAUACCAUUUUUUCUUCUCCCCUGUCAAAGGAGAUCAUUCCUCAACAACAUUUACAAGGUCUAGGUCGGAAGUGAGGAGGAAGUUAUUAACAAUCCCGAAUCUGGCAAAGAUUUUUUCUGCCUUUAGUUAUUGUGGUGAUGACUGUAUUCACACAGGGAAAACCCACUCAGGACAAACUUGUAUAUGUCAGGAAAUUUUAUUUUGAGGUUCCCUAAAACUGCUACUCUCAUUGCCCAGAGAUUCCUCCCGCCACUUUGGCGCUCGCCGGAAAUCACUCCCAUCUAUUUACUUGGUGCGUUCAUGAAUGCCAUCUACAGCAUCAGUCUUAGAAAGGUUCUUUAUUAUUAUUAUUUUCACUGCAGACUGUGGAUCACACCAAAAAAAUAUAUACCCUGGUAUUUCAAUAUACAUGUAAUAUAAUAUAAAAAUAUACAACAGUGCAUUCUUUGAAUUUGCCUGUGGACUCUGAAGCAAUUUCUGAGUGAACAGAUAUUCUCCAGUUGUUUCUUCCUACUCCUGCCCCCACCCAGGAUGUUCAGUAUUCAUCUCUUACUGCAUUUUCACUAAAUGCCUUUAUCAGAUAUGAGAUGUGCUUUUGUCAACCUAAAGCAAAAAUGAUUGUUUUCUUUGUGUCACAGUCUAUGGAGGCAGCAGGGGUACUGACCCUUUAUAAGCGUACUCCAGAGGGGAUCAGAUACAGCCCAUUUGUUGGGGAUGGUGAUAGUAAAUCAUACUCUCAGCUUGAACAAGCUGCACCAUAUGGACCUUCAUUCCACAUACCGAAGGAAGACUGCAUUGCGCAUGUCACAAAAAAAAGGAUGGGCACCAAUCUCAGGAAAAAAAGUGGCAGAAUACAAAGGUAGGAAAACUUGUUCAAAAAUGCUGUACUCAACAGCUAAAGCAUUACUAUUCAGUAAGCAUGCCUAAAUGUUCACUCCAGUAUACUGCACUAAGGAAUCUAACUCAAAACCUGAUAUAAUUAUAAUACCAAGUAUGAAAGCUCAAUGGCAGAUUUUCGAAAUACACUGGCACGCGGAAAUGGGCCCCAAAAGGCUGGAAUUUUAGUGCGUGGUGCACAAUGAAUUUCCUGCCUUUCACAUAGCCUCGCUUUGGUGAUGAACAAAACGUGUGAGUCAAAUUAUUUCGAAAAUGGUCCAUUUUGUUUAGUUUCAAUUGGCCAAGAGCAUAUCAUGUGAACACGAAGAAACUCAGCUGUUUCCCUGGUGACGAGUUUGACAUACCAAUAAUAUGUUGCAGACCAGCAAUAACAAAGAUACGUGUCAAAAUAACAAAGUCACAUGUCAAAAUUCAUUUACAAAAAUUAUUCACCUCCAUUUUCCUUGCCAUGAGGAAAGAUGGCAAAUUUUCAAAAUAAUGAUAAGGGAACAUUCUCCCAAACAAGCAAGCAGUAAAAUUGCUUUUAUCUACAUUUUGUCCAGACAAAAAUACUGUUUAAAGCCUUGGCACUUGGUAUGAUAAUUAAGCAAUGAUUUACUGGUAACUCAGGAAAGCAGUAUGUUUCGCAGCUCCUCAACCACCCAUGUUUCCCAGGAGGGACUCAGGCCUGACGUCCAGAGAUGAAAAAAGCAUGCUUUGAAAAUUACAAUAACUAGAUGGGAAAACCUCCUCCAAAAAGGUGGCACUGACCACUAACCCACCCCCUACCCCCUCUGAAAAAAAAGACAGCUGUUUUAUUUGAGGUUCAUUUUGUGAUAUCUGCAUUUUAGGCAAAAAGCUUGCUGAUGGUCGAAAGGGACUAGGUGGCGUUGGUGGCCUGACAACCAAGAGAAUCGACAGCAUGCAAGGCUGGUAUGGACAGGCCAUCCGAAACAACAAGGGAGAUGCCAAGGCAAUGUCCAAGGCUACACAUGCCAUAUUAAAGCAUUGCUCGAGCACUCUAGAAAACCCCAACCACAGUGAUUGUCCUACUGAGAAAUCUUCAUGGUGUUCCUUCCAGCGUGACAUUGCCAAUGGAACAGAGUUGCACCGCCCAUAUAAACAUCCUUUGACACCAGCCAUUGUAGAUGCUAUUCAACCUAUCUUUGACUCAUUGGGUGAUGAAUGA